AAUAUUCAUAAGCAAAGCCUUCACAAUAGUAGGAUCGAGAAACACUCUUCCGGUCCGGGAGAAAAACAUGUCGGCGCCCUUGCGAAUGUCAUGUUGACUGUCUUUAUGUAGUAUGCGUGUUCUAACGCUACCACAAACACGUUAAGCUUAUAUUUAAUAAUAUUACAGACGUUUCUGCAUGCAGUUACCGGAUAUAUAAGAAUCUGUCAAUCAUGGUCCAUUUAUCAUCUUUCCUGCUCAAGAAAUAUCAUGGUGGGCAUGUGGUCAUCAGGCUGGCAUUAGGAGGUGUCACUAACAGACCCUUCUACCGCAUUGUGGCUGCUUAUAAUAAACGGGCGAGAGACAGUAAAUAUAUCGAGCAGGUGGGAUCAUAUGACCCUCUCCCGAACAUUCACAAUGAAAAACUUGUUGCCUUCAAUUAUGAAAGAAUCAAGUACUGGAUUGGAUGCGGCGCCCAUACGACAAAACCAGUGGCCAAACUUCUAGGAUUGGCUGGAUUUUUCCCACUGCAUCCAAUGACAAUAACAGAAGCAGAGCGGAAACGAAAAGCCGCUUCGACAGAAGAAGUUGAAACAGAAAGUCAAGACCACGAGGAGCAAUAAAACCAAAGAGGCACUGUAAACGUAAAAUAAAAUGUUAAUGAUUACUUUGCAUCUCAAUAGUGAUGAUUACCUCACAUUGAGCUUUUGUUUUAACUUUUAUGAUGUAUUAUAUUUUGAGGGUUUUGGCAACAAGCUUCAUCACAGGUUUAAACUCCAGACAUGAUUCAAAUUUCCUGGAAAUGGAAACAGUUUGAAAGAUAAAUGAGGGCCUUAGACACUGAAAGUGAAUUCUGUAAUCAUUAAGAUUGAGAACCAACGAUCAGCUAAUAAAAUUAAUGAAUGAUCUGGCCUGGGGAAUCUACACUGAGAGUUGAAAUGAACAUUCUUCCUUGUUUAAUUUCAGGCCAAUUUAUCUCAACCUAAUGUUUACACAAUUGUGUAACUCCUUAAUAGCAAGCAAUGUACUGAUGUAUCUAACUGUAUACACCCAUGUUCUCGUAUUAAAUCAUUUUUAUAAUUUGUCAGAGGACCCAAAUUCUUUCUGAGGUCAGCUUAUGAAAUACAAGAGUGAUAAAUAUGAGCUAUAUGCAUUGUAUAUGUUUUUAAAUAAGUCAUCUGAAGUAAUGCUUAUUCUUUUGUCAUACUGUAUUAGUGAAAAUGAUUGAUUUUGCUUGGCUCUGUAAUUGCUGCAAUAUUGUUAAGUAUGUACAUACUGUUGAGACUAUAAUGUUACAGUGUAAAUGUAGUGAAUCUGAUUGCUGUUUGAAAGAUCAGAUGCAAUACAGUUUGAGUAAUCAAGAA